CUCAAAAAACAAUGAUGCAUCCAUUCUAAAACAUAUUUUAAACAACAACAUACAAGAAAUCAAAUCAUGGAUUGACCCCAGUGACAUUUUUGUAGUAGACCGUGGUUUUAGGGAUGCUAUUGAAUUAAUGAAGGAACUAGGGAUACAAGCAGAAAUGCCUGCCUUUAUGAAAAGAACAGAAAAACAGAUGACAACAGAUGAUGCAAAUGCCAGUAGGUUUGUAACAAAGGUGAGAUGGGUGGUAGAGGCUGCAAAUGCAAGGAUCAAAAGGUGGAAGUAUCUUUCACAUGUUCUUCCAACAAACCAAGUGCCAUACAUAGGUGAUUAUGUAAGCAUAAUUUGUGCUUUAUGUAAUAAGUACCUGCCACCUAUCAACCAAACCCAAGAACUUGACUCAACUUUAGCAAGCCAGAUGCGGGAUAGAUUGUCAGGCAAUCUUUGUCUUCAAGAUUUUGUGGAAGAACAUGAUCUUGCUAGGAGAAGUGUAGCCCAUUGGACAACUACUGAAUCAUUGACAGAUUUUCCAAAACUGUCAGAAACUAUAUUGAGAAUUUUAACUCUUGGUACUUACCAGUUAAAAACUGAGCUCAAGCUAUGUACAGGAGUAUAUUAG